AUGUUAGGCGCAAUAAGCAUCAUCAUCACAUUAUUCUCCUUCCUCGUCUACCCAUCUCCCCAUCCCCAAACCAACCCACCAUGUCGCUAUCUCCCAAGCGAUCCCGCAUGGCCCAACCAAACAGUAUGGGAUCACUUGAAUCAAACCGUAUCGGGGAACCUUAUCCGUGGUGUUCCUCUGGCCCAGCCAUGUUACGCACCUCAUUUCGACAUUGAAAAAUGUUCUCAAAUACAAGAAUCAUGGCUUUUACAAUCACCAUUUGAAACCCACCCCGUGAAUAUUAUGUCGCAUUACUGGCUCAAUAACUCCUGUUCUCCAUUCCUAGAAUCAAACACGAGCAGCAUCUGUGCAUUAGGAAACCUUGCUUCCUAUGCUCUAAACAUCAGUUCUGCUUCAGAUGUUAUUGCUGGUCUCAAAUUCGCACGGGAAAAUAACAUCAGACUAACCAUCAAAAACACAGGCCAUGAUUUUCUCGGACGCUCCACUGGUGCCGGUUCAUUAGCUUUAUGGAUGCACAAUCUAAACGAUAUAACUUUCCUCAAUUACAGCAGCGCUUUAUAUACAGGACCCGCUGUACACAUAGGUGCUGGAGUUCAAUAUACCAAUUUAUACCCCCUAGCGCAAAAACACGGGUAUCGAGCCGUGGGCGGUUCAUGUUCUGGAGUCGGGUUAGCAGGAGGUUUUACGCAAGGCGGUGGCCAUGGACCACUUGUGGGUGCCUAUGGAGUUGCUGCUGAUCAGGUACUCGAAUGGGAAAUUGUGACUGCCGCGGGACGACAUCUAAUUGUUUCGCCCACGCAUCAUGCUGAUUUGUACUGGGCACUGAGUGGAGGUGGAGGUGGGAAUUUCGCUGUAGUGCUUUCGGCGAAGCUUCGGGUCUAUAAUGAUGGUCCUGUGGCUGGUGCGGCGUUCUCUUUCAAAUAUGGUAAUACUACUGCGUAUUGGACUGCUAUUGGUGCUUGGUUACAAACUUUGCUUGUGCUGUAUACUAUUAAGGAUCUUACUACCGUCUCGACAAUUACAGCCGAGAGCUUCUCGUUAAACUUCGCUUUAUUGCCAGAUGUCACUACAACAGCCAUAAUUGACACUGCUUUAAAUCCAUUUUUCAAGAAGCUGGAGGAUCUCAAUGUCUCGUUAGACAAAAGCUAUACCGCUGAAGUCCAUGUUAACUUUGCCGAAUCCUACAAUCAUUGGGUCUCACAAGCGGAGACUAGCAAUACCUCGAUAGGCGGACGAAACAUUCCACGCUCAACGGUGCAAGACAACACCACUCUGCCUGCAAUCAUUUCCGCUUUUCACGAUAUCACGGAUGAAGGAGGAACUAUCUUCCUAACUGCGGCAAAUAUUACUCAUGGAAACUAUACCCCCAAUGCCGUACUUCCAACUUGGCGGGAUGCCUUGUUCGCCGUGGCAUUUCUGAAACCGUUAGCCGAGAACGCUAAACUUGAUGCUAUCCGUGAUACCCAGACACAAUUGAAUAGUUGGCAAGAAACUUUGCGCGCUAUCACGCCUGGAGGAGGCUCAUACAUGAAUGAAGCGACAUGGGACAAUCCGUAUUGGAAAAAUGAUUAUUAUGGGUCAAAUUAUAAGUCAUUAUUAGAGGUGAAGAAGAAGUAUGACCCGGAGUUUUUAUUCUGGGCAAAUGCAGCAGUUGGUAGCGAUGUAAAUUGGAAGCUUAAUGAAAAUGGGGCAUUGUGUCGAAUAUAA